AUGUCCCAAUACCCAUCCGUGGACGAGAAGCCGGAUGUGCGGUACGAUGAGAAGCUGAGCGAUGCCGCCGACGACGGCGUGUACGACCCCGAGUCGACCGUCAUCAACAUGCGCAAGGUGCUGCGCAAAGUUGACCUCCGAAUUAUCCCCUGGGUCUCGCUCCUGUAUCUCCUCUCCUUCCUGGACCGAACCAACAUUGGCAACGCAAACCUCUUCGGACUGUCCAAGGACCUCGGUCUGACGUCCACACAGUACGCGGCGUGUCUUGCGUGCUUCUUCGUCUUUUAUGUACUUUUCGAAGUGCCUUCAAACAUGGUAAUGAAGGCAUGGAGGCCUUCGAUGUGGAUCCCCAUCAUCAUGAUUGCGUGGGGCGCGGUGAUGAUCGGGAUGGGUUUUGUGCAAAACUUUGCCGGCCUCCUCGCAGCCCGCAUCAUCCUCGGAGUAGCCGAGGCUGGUCUCUUCCCGGGCAUCGCCUUCUUCCUGUCUCAGUGGUACCGCCGGUUCGAGAUUUCGCUCCGUGUCGCCGUCUUCUUCUCCGCCGCCACUGUGGCGGGCGCCUUUGGCGGUCUCCUCGCCCGCCUCAUCAACCUCAUGGACGGCGCGGCCGGCAUGGAGGGCUGGCGCUGGAUCUUCAUCCUUGAGGGUGUGGCCACUGUGCUUAUCGCGUUUGCGAGCUUCUGGAUGAUGCACGACUACCCCGACACGGCGCGCUUCCUCACCCCGGCUGAACGCACCGCGCUCACGGAACGCCUCAAACUCGAUACCGACGGGUGCUCGGGCGAGUACAAGAAGAAGUUUAUCCGCGACGCGUUCCUCGACUGGAAGAGCUACUUCUUCGGCCUGGCCUUCUUCUCCGCCGUCGUGCCGCUGUACUGCUUCAGUCUGUUCUCGCCGACCAUCAUCGCCCAGCUCGGAUACGAGGCCGCCUCGGCGCAGCUCAUGUCUGUGCCCCCCUACGUCGCUGCGUCCAUCGUCACGAUCUUCAUGGGCUGGGCCAGUGACCGGUGCAAGGUCCGCGCCCCGUUUAUCAUUGGUCUCGGCAUCGUCGGCGCCGUCGGCUACGGCCUCCUCCUCGCCAACAUCUCCACCGGCGUCUCCUACUUCGCCCUUUUCCUCGGCGCCUGCGGCAUCUAUCCUGCAUUCCCGAUCAUUGUCGCGUGGGGCUCGAAUAACUUCGGCGGAAGUUUGAAGAAAUCUGUUGCUACAGGCAUUCUGGUGUGCAGUGGAAACAGCGGAGGUGUUGCAUCUUCGUUCUUGUUCCCGAAGGAGGACGGACCGCGGUUCAUUAAGGGCCACUGUGUGUGUAUCGGAUUUUCGGUACUUCUGGCCCUGACGGGAGUAUUUUGGUGGUUCUACGCGGGGUACGCAAACAAGAAGAAGGCUGCGCGCAACGCUGCCCGUGCCCAUCCUUGGACGCCGGAGGAGAAGAGGGAGCUCGAGGACAACGGAGAGUACGUCGACUGGUUCUUCUACACCCGCUAG